AGGCAGAGCAGCAUCCUGUGAGGAACAGCCCUCCCAGAGCCACCAUGCUCACUGCAAGGACAGUCCUGCUGCUCGUGAUGCUCCUCACCCUCUCCCCAUGCUCUGAUGCAGCCCCUUAUGCUCCAACCGAGUGCUGCUUCGACUACGUAAAGGGCCCUCUCCGGCUGGACAACCUCGUGGGCUUCUACUCAACUCCCAGGGAAUGUUUUUUCCCAGCAAUUGUGUUUGAGACCAAGAAAGGAGCCAAGGUCUGUGCAAACCCAGAGGAGAACUGGGUGAAGAGAGCAGUUAGAACGCUUAUAAAAAAGCAAGGACUUCGUGCCCCGUGAUGUGGAGUGGGUGCCCUGGUUCAGGCUACCCAACAUCCUGGUGGGAAGGGAGGUUUACAGUCACCCUCUCAGAAGGGGCCAUGGAUGUUCCAGCUGCUGGGAGAGGGCUCCCAGAGCCCUGCGCUGCGUCCACAGCCCAGCACCAGAUCCUGGAAUGCUGCUGGCCCUGCCAGCACCUGCCUGCUGA